ACAUCCGGUUGCCUUGGACACCACAAACAUUGGCAUAGAGCCUCUCUCUACAUCUCAUCAAAUCCCUCUCUUCUCUUCCGCCAUUGAAAUGGCUCUUAAAGCUUCACCAGUAGCCGGAUUAUUCCCUCCUCUCCGCCCAACUGCUUCGACUUCUAAUCGCCCUUGUAGCCUCAGGGUACUUCCCCUCCGAACAUCCUUCUUCGGAAACUCCGGUGGAGCUUUGAGAGUGAACGAGCUGAGACUAGCUUGUGCUAAUAGAUUAAAGUGCAAUGCUCAUGGUCCUACUAUGAAUCUUUUUGAAAGAUUCUCUAGGGUUGUCAAGUCAUAUGCCAAUGCACUUAUAAGCUCCUUUGAAGACCCGGAGAAGAUCCUCGAGCAAACUGUUAUUGAAAUGAAUAGUGAUUUGACCAAGAUGCGUCAAGCCACUGCACAGGUUUUAGCAUCACAAAAGCAGCUGGAGAACAAAUAUAAAGCUUCAAAGCAAUCUUCUGAUGAUUGGUACAAAAGGGCACAACUUGCUCUUGCUAAAGGAGAUGAGGAUCUUGCACGUGAAGCCCUUAAACGAAGAAAGUCUUUUGCUGACAACGCUGCUGCUCUGAAAACUCAACUAGAUCAGCAAAAGGGUGUUGUCGACAAUCUUGUUUCAAAUACGAGGUUAUUGGAGAGCAAGAUACAAGAGGCGAAAGCAAAGAAAGAUACGCUCCUUGCACGUGCUCGCACUGCUAAGACUGCAACCAAAGUCCAAGAGAUGAUAGGGACAGUGAAUACAAGCGGUGCUCUAUCAGCCUUUGAGAAAAUGGAGGAGAAAGUGAUGGCCAUGGAGUCUGAAGCAGAUGCACUUACUCAGAUUGGAACAGAUGAACUCGAGGGAAAGUUUCAAAUGCUUGAAACUUCAUCUGUGGAUGAUGAUCUUGCAAAAUUGAAGAAUGAGUUGUCCGGAGGCUCAAAGAAAGGAGAGCUUCCUCCAGGGAGAAGCACGGUCGCAGCAAGCACGGGAUACCCAUUCAAGGACUCGGAGAUCGAGAACGAGCUAAACGAAUUACGAAGGAAAGCUAACGACUUUUAGGCAACUGCUGUUUCUGAGUUGUUACUGGUUAACAUCUCUCUGUAAACUAUUUUUGUUUCUUGAAGAAAAAUAACGACACCAAAAGCAUGUGUUUGGUUAAUAAGUAAAUAUCCAGCCACCUAAUCUUCAUUUAUAACUUGGUUGAAUUAGUAUUUUCACCUGAAUCA